AUGGCACCUUCUACCGAAAACAUCCGUAAAAGAAAAAGAACCACAUCCAACAACGGAACAAAUUCUAAAAAAAGAACAAUAACCUUCUAUUCCUCGAUAAGAAAUACGGAAGAAAAAUCCUCACGAGUUUGGUUACCCACAGAAGAUUCCAUCGAAUUGGAUGAAUACAUGGAUUUUGCCAAGACAAAGCAUAAUUAUAGCGAAGAACAAGCUUUGGCAAUGGCGUUUUUUCAUCGUUAUGAUUAUGAAAAAGCUAAGCAAGAUUUGGCCAACUACGCUCCAGUUUUGGAAGAAUGGACCCAGAAGGACAAAGCUGUUUUUAGAAGGGGCCUUAAGUUGUAUAGAGAAGAAGGAAUAAAUGAGGAAAGUUUUGAUUUGCUGGAUGAGGUGGAUAUAGCAGGGUUGUUUAAAAAAUUAGGCCCUAGGCUUAUUUUUAAAAAACAUUUUUCUAACUUCAAGAAAUUAAAAUUUGGGGUGAAAGCGGUGCUGAAUUUGUCAAUAUACACAGUUUCUAACAGCACAUAUUCUGAUAGUACAGUGUUAAGCCCAGAUGAGGAAUUUUCUAGUUUCCUUAAUGAAAUUGCCUCGGAAAUUACAUCUCAGCCAUUGAUUGAAGGCUCUUCACUUAACACACUUCAAUCAACAUCAGAACCAAGCACCUCACAAACUGACUCAUAUUCAACAAAAAAAUCAAAGGAGCUGGAAAACUUAUUAAAUAAAUCUGCCGAGGGUAGGGUUCUUUUGGCAAAUAAAAACAAAUUAACAAAUAAAUUAAGAGCAAGUUUGGUUAAAAUAAUUAUAAAUAAUCUUAUAUCUAAUUCUGAAAAUUUUACAUAUGAUUCAACAAGAUUUACCAAAUUAAGUGAAGAUAUUUGUGCUUUAUUUCCCCAAGAAGAAAAGGAGACCUAUUAUACACCACAUAGAACUCACUACCAUGACAAUAUUAAAACCAGAACAUCUGCUCGAGUAAAAUUAUGGUCCAAAUAUAUAAAUGUUAAAGCUGCUCUGCGUAUCUUGGACAAUUCUAAUUCAAAAAGCAGCAGAAAAAGAAAAUCUGAGGAGGUUUUUGUUACUGAUGAGUCAAUCUUGGAAAAAAUUAAUUUUUUGAGGGGAGCAACCGAACCCAUUACCAAAAUACAACAAUUUUGGGAAGAUACUCAUCUGUACCGAAAGAAAAAAUUUAAUAGAUGUAGUAUAUCAGAUAUUUUUUCUUCAUUUCCAAUUUUAAACAUACAUGAAGGAUCUGACUUGGUAAACAUUAAAUUAUAA